GCGAUACACGGCCUGCUAUGCACCUGUAUUUGGAACUUGGACAUGGUUUGGAAAUCUCGAAGCAAGGACACUCGAAAGCACUCGGUUCGCGGGAGGAUGAAAGGAUACCGCGGUCAGGGCACAGCCUCCCAUUGAUGUGUCAUCUAGUGUGACCAGUUCCGACUUCCAAAAGCUCGAACAAGGGUGGUAAAUAUCGAUUGGAGGAGGAUGCGGAGAAGAAAUGGUGUGAAGAGUCCAAAUGAUAAACAUCUAUGUGAGAAUACGUCUGUGAGUUUGGCUGGUGUCUGGAAUGUUACCUGGAAAACAUUCCGCCGCCCCCAAUCGGGGAAAGGCAAAACGGAACAGCCCGAGAGCGUAGGCAGCCAAUCCGAACGCAAAAGCAACCCGAGCAAGAAGAAUCUGCAAGCCCGAGGCAGCCCGAGCGUAAGCGAGAGAGCGAAUAGGAUGCGGCGGUUGGGAGACCACAAGCAGCUGAGGAGCAAAGCAGACUUGAGGUAGACAGUGAUUGAAUGAAAAGGAAUUCGAGCUACAUAGUCAAAGCGUGAUGAGAUGCAUCUUAUCUAAUCUAAUCUAAAUUGUCUGUCUUGCAAGUUCGCUACGACUGGACUCCGACUGACGGAUGCCCACCUGUUGCUUUCAUCCACCCGGACACUGAGCUCUCCCGAAGCAUGAUACCUCAUGUCUAGAAUGUCAGAUCGUAAGAGGACAUAUUCCUUCAGUCUGUCCAAUGACGAGCUGUCUAUUACUUCAUGUUGUACCGCGUGCGAUUCAUCCGAAAGACCCACCGGCAGUCAUGUGAUCGUGUCUCCUCUGCCUGUCAGUGUCAACAGUCACUCUCCAGUUCUUGUGCUGAGUGCUUACCGCUUGUUUACGUAUGCCAUCGUAUGGUCCUCGUAAACAUCAAGCUUCCAGAUGUCCUGCAUGCGAAUCUCUUACCCUAACAAACGAACACCAUGUGGGCCCCCUCUCGUUUUCACAAGAGCUUCUGGUCAGCAGACACGCGUUGUCGCGAUUGGGCACGGACGGGCUUUCGCGGUGAGGCCCUCGGUGCGAUGCACCGCGGACGAGAACUCGAGCCCAGUACCCUUUGGGACGACGCGGGCUUGCGGUGCAGUGUGUCCAGGCCCCCCCUUAGUUUGCGGUGGAUGGACGCUUCCUUUGCGCGGACAGAACGCCGCUCUAACGCACUAUGGCGUAGCAUCACCUGCAGCAAACGUGCGCUCGUCAACUUCAGCCCCUUCUCACCUCUAGCACGUAUAAAAGCUAUGUGAAGAAGCACCGGGAAGCUGCAUAGCAGCAUGCGUCUCGUCUGGUGGUAUUUGGUGGUGGCUUGGGGCACUGCGCUCGCCGGCGCGACCUUCCACCGCAACUUGGUGUACCACUCUCCGUUCGAAGAUUAUCCGGAGCUUUCGCACGACUUUGACCAGCUUGCUGCGCGUCAAAGCCAACAUGCGCGCCGGCAGAUGACCGGCGCCGCGGCGUUCAAAGACAAUGAAUAUCCUACCUUCUACGGCUCGGAUUUCAGCAAUGCCCCCUUCAUCUGGACCGGGGGAAUCAAUUUCACGCAUUCAGUCGCCAGCGGAGAUCCAUUUGACACGUCCGUGCUCAUCUGGACGCGCGCAUUUCCUCUAGGCGCGGGGCCAGACCAGAGCGUCCCCGUCUGCGUUUCAUACAAAGUCUUCACGUCGUCCGCUCUCUCCGGCAAACCCGUGUCUACCGGCGAGGGGUUCACCACGUGGGAUGUCGAUUUCACUCUGAAGUUCGAAGUGACGGACCUGAAGCCCGACAGCGUCUACUUUUACGUCUUUGCCGACUGCACGAACGCAGAGACUGUCAGCCCGACAGGAAGGACACGGACGCUGCCGAGUCCCAACACUCCGGCAUCGGCCGUGAAUGGUGGCAAGCCCUUGACCCUGGCCGUUUUCUCCUGCUCGCAGUUCCAGGCGGGAUGGUUUAAUGCCUAUGGCUACGCUGCACACAACACGAGCGCGGAGAUAUUCGUCCAUCUAGGGGACUACAUCUACGAAUCUCUGGGAAACGGCGCACACAUCGGCCGUCAAGUGCAAGUCGCUCGCGCUUGGCAUCUCGGCCGCGAACUGGCUACGAUCCACGACUACCGCCAGCGCCUGGGGCAGUACCGCACCGAUGCCAGCCUCCUCGCCGCGCACCAGAACGCGCCGUGGAUCACCGUGUGGGACGACCACGAGGUCGCGGACAACUCGUGGAAAGCCGGCACCACGGACUCGAACGACACCGCGGCGGGCUGUUCGUUCUCGCCGUCCGGCGCAUGCUUCACGGACCGCAAACUGGCGGCAGUGCGCGCGUACCACGAGUGGCUGCCCGUGCGACAGGUGUCUACGUUUGACAAGCUCAGGAUCUGGCGCAACUUCCAGAUCGGCAAGCUCCUCGACCUGACGAUGCUGGAUACUCGCCAAUACGAUCGGGAUGUGACUGAUGUGUGUAUCGCCCCUUCUGGGCGUCAGAAAGUCGAGGCUGAUCUGCAUUCCGACGCAGAUCUGGUCGUGGCUUUGUCGACAGUUCAGAACCGAUCGUUGAUGGGUCCUGCGCAGGAGAAAUGGUUCUUUGAUACAUUGAGUGAAUCCCAAACCCGGGGCGCUGUCUGGCGCAUUGUAGGUCAGCAGAUAGUCUUCAGCCAGCUGGAUUAUCCCACGUUUGGUCUCGAUGUGGACGCAUGGGACGGAUACAAAGCCAAUCGCGAACGCGUGCUCCAGUACCUGGAGCGUCACAAAAUCAGCAACACAGUCAUCCUCUCAGGGGACAGCCAUGCGAACUGGGUCUCGGAACUGGCUCAUCCCAACGACACAGCCACGUACGACGCGAAGACGGGCAAAGGCGCGUUGGGCGUCGAAUUCGCCGGGACAGCGGUCACCUCGGGGUCGCCGUUUGGCGCGAACGUGCAGCCGGCAGUCGCCAAUGCGUUCAGCCAGCAGAUCCUCGCGGACCCGCUCAACGGAGACUUGCAGUGGACGGAAGGCAGUUUCCGAGGAUUCUUCACGCUGACGAUCGAUCCACGCGAGCUGAAUGCGACUUAUUACGCGAUGAACAACAUCUCCUUCGCGAAUCUGGACGGCUUCGCGAGUGCCGUUUUUACGGUCAAGGCCGGGGAGAACAAGUUGACCCGGCCCAUUGCAGGGGGAAAAGUGCUCGCUGGAGUAUUGCGUACUUGAUUACAGUACAUUCACAAAACACCAUUGCGUCAGCU